AUAUAAUUCCUGAUAUAGAUUUAUGCAAUGUGCAGACUAAAUGUGACUGAAAUAUUCUGCGCCAAAUUUCAGUCCCUCCUCGUGAAUCAUAAAGGAAGCAUUGUUCUGAUAGAAGGAUUUUUAUCUGAGAAAAAUGAUAGGCGUUAUAGUUUUGAUUGCUGUCGUCGGAUCAGUCCAAAUCUCCGGACGCAGCAUAGCUGAAACUAGUUGUGAAUACAAGGAUAUUUCUAAAACAUAUUCGGAAUCGUGCAGAAGAACGUAUGUGGAAGAUAUCUUCAAAGAAGUACUGAGCGAUGGCAUAAUCAGAGGAAAUGAACUUCUUGAUAAACUGUCCUCGACUUGCAGCAAUUAUAAAAAAUACGAGAAAUGCGUAAGGUGUACAGCUAGACAUGUCUGUCCUGAGGAAAGAACAAAAUUUAGUGAAUUGCUUAGUGAACGGUGGGCGCUUUUCUGCGAUGCUGACCAACCAGCCGACUGGAUUAGGACAAUAUUACAGAAUGGAUAUAGCUUCAACGAGUCUUGCGGCCAUGCAUAUCAAAACCUAUUUAUUUCAUGUUUACGCGCAUCUACAAUAGACAGCUCGAAUUCAACAACUCUAACCAAUGUCUCUGAGGGUUACAAGAGGUAAGAUGAUAAACUGAUU